UCUGUAAGGAAAAUUAGAGUUGCAAUUUUCAAAACUUAAUGAUAUGUUGUUUUCAAAAUAUUUGUUCAUUUGCAUAUGGCGGUUUUGUUUGUAACUUUUGGCGCUUAGUAUCUUCCGUGAUGUUUGCCGCCACAACACCUGGCUCAAUAAUGGCAGCCGAGUCGUCAUCUCACCAACUAGUAGGGUACGUAACUAAGAUGUACCCUACGUUCGGAUAUAUUAAUAAUGAGAUUUUUUUUCAGAGAAAGUGUGUAAUUGGUCCUAUGGUUGAGGUAGGAGAUAAUGUUGCUGCAAGCGCGGUGUAUCAACCUCAUAUGCCUAUAAAGUGGAGUGCCGAAAAGGUUUGGCGAGUUGAAGAACGUCGUGGCAAAUCUAGAGAUAAAGGAGAAGAAAGCAGCUAUUGGAAGAGCCAGUCCCCGCGUAAACACUCUCCACGUGAUAGCUAUACUAAACAAACAUCGCGUGAACGAGAUGUCCAUCCAUCUAGCAGCGAUCAGCGACGAGUAGAUAAAAAACGUUCCCAUAUUCUAAACAGGGAAGACCACUCGAUCAAAAAAUCUCCCAAUCGUGAUCGACGAAGAACUCCUGUGGAUUCUGUAACAGCGCGGCACUCCUCUCCCACGACUGAUUUGUAUUGUAGGACUCCGAUCAACCCCAAACGUAUGCUGAAUGUGAAAGAGUAUUUGUUCUCAGACCUACAAAGACGAUUUCCUAAUGUUCUCCCGCCAGUUGACUUGUAUCGUGUUAGAUGCAAUUGGCAAGAAUCAUUCCCAUUACUGCGACCAUUUCAGCCUCAAUACCUCACAACUUUCCAGAUAAUUAAAGAACCGGAAGACUCUUGUGACGAUAUGCAUCAGUCUUACAACAACGAUAGUGGUUUUGCUGCGUAUGUCUUACUUUUGUCGCUCCCGGCAAUGGCAGAACUAAUGGAGAAGAUAGUUGUUCGAGCAGAGUCUCCUAGUCGUGUGCGUGGUUCACUACGUAAGUACAUCAAAAUACUAGCUGCUGGGAAGGUUGAUGAAAGACUCAAGGCCAUUGGGGGUUCGUGGAGUCGUGAUUUAGACGGACCAGACCCAGCUACAAAUCCUCAGACGCUUGUCAACACGGCCAUUCGUGUCUGUAAACAACUCAUUGGUCUCGAUUUAUCGUACUGCACACAGUGGCACCGUUUCCUGGAGUUCCGCUAUAGUCGUACUGAAGGUUCAACUGCACAACCAACUUCAGUUUUAUUUCCUGGCUCUCAACUUUGGGGUCGACCCGUCACAGAAUCUCCUGAAUCUGAUAUGAUUCCUCCAAGCAAACCGUUUCAUCAAAUCGUCGUAUAUUUUAUUCCAAAUGUUUGGUCACUCAUGCCUACAGACGAAGAAUGGUCGACUAUAAAGCUGGCUUAUGAAAAUAUCCUGGCUUCAAAAGAACCCAAAGUAUUUCCAAUGUCUCCUUCCAACUUGAAGAAGUUUUCUGGUCUAGAAUCUGCUUCUAAGGGAACUGGUGACAUGAAAUUAAAUGUGGUGACUGAACUGGAUUCCAAUUUACUGAAGUCGCCUACUCAAGACAAUGCACAUGAAGAUUCCAAUGUAUCUAAAAUGGAUGAAGGCAACAAGUCAACUCUUCAAGCUCCAGUUGAAUUCCAUCGCUCUACCCCGUAUUUGGCUGGUCAGGAAACUGUUCCAAAAGUAGCAGCUAUCUCCGAGACAGAGGAUGGGUCCGAAUCUGUGGAUUUAGCAGCUCAAGGAAAUCCAAAUCAGGAGGGAACUGAUAAAUGCCAGAAAAAGCUUCAUACUGAACUUAACUUAGCUAGCAUGAAGGUUUCCGAACUGCGUGAACAGUUAAAAGCUCGCAAUUUGCCUACUGAGGGAGUAAGAGCUCAGUUGUUGACUCGUCUCAAAACAGCAAUUCAAGAAGAAGAAGAAAAGGAGUCCGCUAAGAAGGCUGAAAAAGAAAAAAUGGAGCAGGAAAAAGCAUUCCAAUCCGUGACUAUUGAUAAGUCACCCCAAGUUUCAGAAGAACAAAUAAAACCUUUAAAUACGGAGUCUGGAUCUAAAUCAUGGACGGAUGCACCUAAGUUGACUCUCCGUGAUCUCCCUUCAAUAAUAAUCUUACGCAAGAAAACUGUUGAUUUCACUGUUCAGUCAGUCGGGCUAGAUGUUGUUAUGGAUUCAAAAUCUGAUUUUAUGGACUGUAGAUCAUAUGAAUUCAUGUUUUGCAUCCACACAAUCUUCGACAUGCUUCGCAGAGAUUCCGUAUUCACUUUGUUUCGUGCCCUUGUUACAGCUGCAGAUAGAGGAAUUUGCGCAAAACCUAGAAAACGCAGUGAACCAGAUUACGUAGCUAAACGUGCUCGUUUAGAACGUAAUGAAAGGACAUCUGUGGCAAAAGACGAGGAAUUCAAGGAAACCCCAUUAUAUACAACGGAUUUGCCUUUACUUUUUGCAUGCACGGUACUGGAUACAAGCUAUAAGAGUUAUUUUCUUUCGUCGGAGGUCGAGGACUUCAUUCUUUCACUGGGCUUGCCUAUCUCUCGAUACCAGCUUCGAUCUCUCAUAUACAAAGUUCUUGAUCAUGGUCGUUUCCACUACCGUUCUUUGACGGAUUCAGAAGAACCUCUUUCUUUAGCGAAUAAAUCAUCUGUUAUAUUCUCUGAUAUUGACGAUGAUGAAUAUUUACUGGAACUUGUACGUGGAGGUGAUGCUAUUUUAGACGACCAAAUAGAUGCACAGCCUAGUGGAAGCAUCAUUGUACUUCAAAAGUCCGGUGAGUCAGUUAAUUCUCAGGCGAUCCAUCCCGAAGAAUAUCUCUAUCAUGUCAGAUCGUCAGAACGCGAACACUCCAAACUGAUGACUCAGAUCCGACUUCAAGAACAGGAAAUUGCCCGUCUCCGUGAAUCUGUUGUGGACUUUUCAGAACUGAAAGAUAGGUUGUCUAGAACUUCUUCAAGCAUGGAGGAAUAUCGAAGACGAUACAGGGAUGAACGAGACAAAGUUGACUCUCUGGCUCGUGUUUUGGAACAACAGGCAUCUGUUCUUGAUGCCUGUCGAUCGGCACUUCGACAGGCAUCCAGUCGUUUUUAUAUUCGUCAUUCUGUUAAUGACUCAUCUAAACAACUCAAGCGUUCGUUAUCACCUUGUUCAGUGACUAGUAACAAAGAAUCGAUCAGAUCUACAAAGCAAACUAAAACCUCAGAUUCACUUACAAACGACCUGUCACUAUCUGAUUCGCUAAACGUAAGGUUCUUUUUUUUUCAUUUUAGACUUCGUCACAUUUUUGCAAAUUUAAUUUAUUUAUUUCACUACAGGAUGGAAAUGUAUCCAAACUUGUUGAAACAGAUUCUUCUACAGUCAAGAAUGUGUGUGAACAAACUCCUAUGGUUUCGAUUGUCAGUUCCGAUGUUUCAGAAAAUAUAAGUGUGUAAAUAAAAAUUGAUUUGGUCCCCUUUUUUGCCGUCUUAGUCUGCUUACUACUGUUUCAUUUUUAUAUCGAAGCAUUAGUUUAUGGCUUUUAAAAUAUUUUACUGUGUUACAUUGAUCACAGUGUUACCUACAGUUAUCGUGUUUUGUGAAAAUACUUAAAACUCAAAUUUUAUAGUGCAUAACUAGUCGGUGCUUUUUGUGAGUAUCGAUAUUAUCUUCAAUGGGCCGCUCUUUAUGGUUUUUUACGUUACUUAGUCCUCACAAACAGUCAAUGAAGCGUCCCAAUCUUGAUUAGCACAUGGCUUCCAAAGAAUUCGUCACCUAGUUAUCUUUUACUGUUCAAAUCUCUGUGAAAAGUCAGUAAAGUCUUACCAUUUUAUUGACUUUCGAUAACAAAUUAAUUUUCUUUGUUUUUCUCUUUAAAUCUGGUCAUUUUUAUAUAAAUUUUUCAAAUGUAGUUUAUGAAUGGAUUAAAAACGGAAGAAGCUUUGGUUCCAUGCAACGUUGACAAGGAUGCUUCAACAGCUGUUGAUCAAAAAUGCCCUAUUGUCUCUACACAAAUAGAAUCCGAUAUUGCACUAAGUACAAACGAAAAAGAAAUGAAAACGCCGAUUAUGGAAACGCUUCCUAAUUUUUAGCCAACCGUGCUCCUGUUCGCCGAAAACAAACAGACAAAAAAAGCAUGGAUUUUCUUUUAACAACAAUUAAAAUAAACAUUUGUCUUGCCUUACAUGUCUUUCUUAAUUUCAAAAACCACGAUUCCGUAAUCUACCUGACAUUUUCGUUAAAUCUUACGUUGAUCCGCGUCUCACUGCUCGAGAACAGUGAUUUUAUGCACAGUCCCGUCAUCGGCUUAUAUAAACUCUAAUUAGCCUAUCCACUUCUCUAGCAUGUCAUCUCUGUUUCAACAAUGUAUAUUUCAUACUCAAUCUGACAUUGAGUAGUUUCCUGACCACUUGAUUAGCAAAAUUACAGGCUUAACCAGAAUGCUAAGCAAAGUAUGUCUAUCCGAUGUUGGCUGUAUGCGAAUUCAGUGGGGUGAGAGAAUGAAUGAAGUCUCUCUCUCUCUCCAACAGAUGAUAAGUGAGUUGUCCUACUGUGUAGUGAGAAAAAUAUCACAUAUGUAAAAGUGCUGACAUUGAAAUAAGACUAGACGUUCGUUCAAUCUGACUCACUGUUGCAACUUAUACUCUAUUCGGAAAAUGUAAUGCAAUGCAU